GUGGCAGUUCAGGGACACUCAACAUGGCACAGCCACGGUGAUGAUGGGGACAAGAAGCCCAGUUCAGGCAGGGGCUGCACCCAGCGAUGCUGUGGCAUCACACAAGCUCUGAUGCCACCAGGACACCCGUGGCCCUGUGCAGGGGCAGCUUCUCCCCGUGGCAGCCCUUACCCCUGGGUGCAGCAGUCGGAGGAUGACAGGGUGUUGCAACAUGCCAGGGAAUAAUCACGAUAGCUGGAGCGGUUGCCCUGGUGCCGGCUUGGCUGUUGCAGUGGUUGCUAAAGAGAGUGGGCGUGCGGCUUCCUCUGGGGCGAUCUGAUUUCUCCAGGAGCGUGGUUCAGGCACGUUGAGGAGCACUCGUCCUCCGUGGGGCAGGGACGCGACCUCGCCACCAGCAGCCGGGGCUGUGCCGAGCCUGGGCACGCACAGGGCUGCUUGCUCUGGGGAGAAAAAGCGAUUAGCUUGUUCAUCCAUCCUGGGAAAACAUCAUCAGGCAGCAAAGAGCGAAGGGAAGAAGUUUUCAGGGCGGCGGAGGGACGGGCACUGAAGAGCCGCAGCGCUCGGCCGGGUCCGUGCGGGUGGCAGGAGCCGCAGGGAGGGAGCGCCGGAGCAGAGCCACUCCACGUGAUCCUCGUCCCUGUGCCACCGCAGGGACCUGGCAGGGACCUGGCAGGAGCCUGGCAGCCUCCUGCGACCGGCCAAAAGUCACCCGGGCAGAGUGCGGACGGGCGGCAGCCCCAGCACAGCCCCAUGUCGUGGGGCACAGGGCAGCAGCUGCCCCCCGCGCUCCCCAGGGCCGCGCUGCGGAAAUCAGCAUCGAUGUACACGGAAAUACAGCGGGAACGGCCAGAUGGUGGAAAUAUCCUGACUCACCCAGACUACAUAGAUGGAAACCCAGACCUCAUCAAACCUAAAAAGCUCCUAAAUCCUGUAAAAGCCUCGAAGAGCCAUCAAGAGCUGCACAGGGAGCUGCUGAUGAACCACAAAAGAGGUUUGGGCGUGGAGAGCAAGCCAGAGCUGCAGCGAGUGCUCGAGCACCGACGGCGAGACCUGCUCAUCAAACAGAAGAAGGAAGAGGAAGAGGCAAAGAAAUUGCAGUCUCCAUUUGAAAAGGAGCUAUUAAAGAGGCACCAGAGACUGGAUCAGCUGGAGAAAGAGCAGGAGAAGCAGGAAGACCAUGCACCAGAAUUCAUUAAAGUCAAGGAAAACCUGAGAAGAACAUCAACGGUGACAGGGGACGAGAAAGCAGCAUAACUUCUGCCAAAACCCCAUGGGAUCUGACCAAGGCCAGGGCCAACACCCCCACUGAAAUCUCUGUACGUGGUGGACAUUCCCAGCCACACCAUCGGGGCUACUUGCAGUUAUUAACACUUGCUCCAGUAGAAGGCACUGAAAAGGUUUUCCCAGACCAGGAGGGGAUCACUGUGGAAAAAGUGCAGUAUUCACCAAAGUACUCACACAAAUGGAUGCAGAGAGAAUGGUGUUAUUUUCCCCCCAAACUGUGGGUGCACACUAACCACCAGCUAACUCUUGGUUAACUCUAGAGACACAGUGAAUAUUUCAAACAGGGAAGUCUGUAGGAACAGCUUUGGGGGAGUCCUGCUUCUUCCUGGAGGCAGGUUUGCCAGGCACAAGGGGACAAGAGGGCAGCUGCAGCUCCUAGAAACCUGGUAACUAAAAGGGACAACCUCUGUAUUACUGAGAACAGCCCAGGUCACCAUAAUGGCUUUCCCAAGAUCACUGGCUUUCCCAAGGUCAAGCAUGGCUGAGGCUGUGUGUCUCAGCAGCACACCUGUACUACCAGAAAAACCAACCUCUUUGUGCCCUUACCAGUGCAGCACAGGCAGGUGCAGCUGUACUUCA